GGUAGAAGAGCCCCUGGAGAUGGCAGCACCUGGCGCACCGCUCCCCUGCCUCCCUGUACCCUGCCCAUCCAAACAUGCAGGAGCCGUCAGCUUCAGUCACCAGCCCGGGGUUAGGGGACCCAUCUCCCGACCAGGUGACCAUUCCAUGCGCGGACUCAGCGCCCCCAAUGGCCGGCGAGGGACUGGCGGAGGAGCUGUGGCUGUACGGAGGUUCACCAAGAGUCACUCAUGAUGAAGAGAAUGGAUCCACUCCGGGGCAUACAAGGUCAUCUGAUACGAUGCAGGAUAUUUCUAAUGGGACCCUGGACCAGAAUGCGUCACUACAGCAGGUCCCUCAGAGCUGCAGUGAUGAAGAUGAGAGCAGCACAGAUAGUGAUGAUGUGAAGGUUACAAUUGGUGACAUACGAACAGGAGCUCCAUCCUGCAUGUCAGCUAUGGGAAAUCAAAAUGUAAAAGGAGGUAGAGGCUACGGGGCAGCUGGUAGUAAAUUGCCACCAAGAGGAAUAGACUUUGCUGCUUCGGGUUGUAUUAAUGGACUCCCCGUUAUAGAGGUGGAUCUGGAUUCUUUUGAAGAAAAGCCUUGGCGGAAACCAGGUGCUGACCUUUCCGAUUACUUCAAUUAUGGAUUUAAUGAGGCAACAUGGAAAGUGUAUUGUGAGAAGCAGAGGAGACUGCAGUCAGGACUGGACAGUACUUAUCAUCAACACAGCAAGGAGAACAAAAUAACGGUGCAGCAAGGCAGGAUGGGUAAUGCAGACAAAGGAGAAGAAAAUGGUUUUGAAAAUACCAAUUUGAAGUAUAAUAAUCCUGCUUGUAGAGAAGAAACACGAGUACCAGAAAGCUCCAUAAAUGGGAAGCAGGGAGGGGCCACCUAUGAAACUGAUGGGGAGAUCUGUAAUAUCACCCGUGUUGAAGGCAGGAGAUGGGACAUUCCAGAGUCAAAUGAUCUUCCCAUUGAAGUGGUUGGCAAUCAGGAAUACAAAUCCCAUCCUAUGAUGAUGCAGCAUCAACAACCUCCUCCACCUCUUCUACCCCCACCAACUAUUGCCCCAAAUCCUCCACCAUUCAGUAGACUCCCCCCACCACCUCUUUUCUUCCAGCGUCCCCUUCCAGCCACCCAGGUCCCACCAGCCUUGCACCCUCCAGCACUGAUGCCUCCACCACUUCUACCCCCGCCUAUGGCACACAUGCCACCCCCUAAUGGACCCCCAGUUACCUACAACAGUAGACCACCACCUUGCCACAGUUAUUUCUCUUCUGGACCAGGUAUGCCGAAUUACCACCCUGUCUCCAAUACUCAGAGCUCUUGGGUGACCACCAUGAGCAAAGGUAGCAAUAGCCUUAGGGGACAUGACUGGACACCAAGAAGACAACGGGAUCGAGAGCUGGACAGAGUCAGGAACCAGAACUCUAAUAACUACAAAAUUGAAAGUGAUCGUUACAUAAAUUACACUCGGGGAAAAAGUUAUGACUACGAGCGCAAGUAUAUGCGCAGUCGUGAGCGACCCUGGGAGAAAGAAGAUAAACUCAGUGGAGAGCAUAGACAAAGAGAGAAAGAGGAGAGCAGCAAACACAAGUCUCGGCGACAAUCCCCUGCAGUAAAGAAACCGCCUCCGAAGAAACAGGACAGUGAGGACAGAGAGACCCACCGACGGCACAAGCGCAAGAAAAGCAAGCGAGGGAAAGAGGAGAAGAGUGGGGAUGAAGAGCCUACACGAGGAAACCGGCGUGACCGCAUGGGAUAAGCAAUGUUAUGCCUAAAAGA